UUAAAAUCCGACUGGUAGGUGUUUGUGUGUGAGAGAGAGAGAGAGAGAGAGAGAACUGGCACUGAAACAAUGGCAGGUACUUGGGUGGCACCGGCACCGGAACCGGAACCGGCGAUGGAGCCACUGGCGGCACUGGCGGGAACGCAAACGAACGGCAGCGGUGGCGCAGAAGUACCGGCAAACCAGUUGGACCUUAUUUCCCGUAGUAUACUUUCUGUUGCCAGUCGUUUAUAUGUUAACAUUCGCAACGGGCCGAACAACGACUCCGCCGCGUUCUUUAACCUCUGCAUUUCCCUCGCCAGAGGCAUUGAUUUUGCCAUUGCAAACGAGGAGGUUCCUAGCAAAGCUGGAGUUUUACUUCCACUGUUAAAGAAGGUCUGUCAAUGCAAAAACGACAACCUACUGCAACCAGCUAUUAUGGUUUUAAUAAUUUCUGCUAAGAAUGCUUGUCAAAGCGGAUGGUUUUCAGAUAGGGAUUCAGAAGAACUUUGUAUUCUCUUCAAGGAGAUGGGAAGCAAUUUCUGUUGUGUUUCAAACUUAAUCACAGAGCCAAGCAGUUCUGUUUCCAUUAUCCCAGAAAUCAUGUCAAGGUUCUAUCCAACAAUGAAAAUGGGACACAUAUUUGCUUCUCUUGAGAUUAAGCCUGGAUAUGGUGCUUUUAUGAAUGACUUCCAAAUUUUGAAGAAUUCAAUUUCUCCUUCAGAUGGAAUAAGGUUAUUUGUUGUGCAAACAGAUAAUAUGGAGACAUCUUCAUGUCUCAUUAGUCCCCCCAAAGUGAAUUUUCUCAUAAAUGGCAAGGGAGUAGAAAGGAGGACUACUGUGUAUGUGGACUCUGGACCUCAAAAUCCAACAGUUGUGACACGUAUGCUUAGAUAUAGAACAAAUCUUCUUCAAGCUGUAGGCGAGUUUAACGGAAAUUAUAUUGUUGCUGUUGCUUUAAUGAGUGUGACAUCAAUCCCCAGUAGUGACACCCUUCAACAAUAUGCAUAUCCUGCUCCUGCAACCAUAGAUUCAGACUCUGAAGUAAUUGAAGGACCGUCACAGAUAUCCCUAAAUUGUCCCAUUAGCUUAAUACGCAUUAAAACUCCUGUCAAAGGACAUUUGUGCAAACAUCUUCAGUGUUUUGAUUUUGAGAACUAUGUGAAUAUAAAUUCAAGACGACCAUCCUGGCGCUGUCCACAAUGUAAUCAGCACACCUGCUUCACUGACAUCCGCAUUAGUCAAAAGAUGGUCGAGAUAUUGAAAGAGGUUGGAACAAAUAUCACUAGGGUAAUUGUGUCCUCAGAUGGGUCAUGGAAUGCCACCUCUGAAAUUUAUGGCAAUGAGAAGCCGGAGGAUUUGGCCUCCAUCUUUGGACAGGAUGGGUCUGCACGGCCAGAAUCUGAUGUUUUGGAUCUUACUGUGAUAAAUGACAGGAUAGAUUCAAAUGACAAUCAAGAAACUGAAGAUAGAAAAGUUUCCCUGAAUGCAUGUGCAAAUCUGUCUAAAACUCAGAAUCUGAUGGUUGAGCCUCAAGCGGCUAACACAAACUACAUUAAUCAUGAUAGUGUUCCUGUGGAGAAUGAGUUCUCUGUUGGAUGGGGAUCAAAUGUUUCUGAACCACAGAUUGCCAGUGUUUUUGGGUUCACUCCAAAUAAUUUUUAUUCGUCUCCUAAUACGGCUGAUGCAAUAAUUCCAGCUCCUUAUUGCGAAGCAGAGACUUUUCAUGCCAAUGCUCAUAAUGCCACCUCUGGAUCACGAAGUCAAACUCCUUUGCCCCAUACGUUACCCUUGCAGCAGUUUCAAUAUGGAAAUCCGACCUCGAGUAAUGAGCAUGGAAGAUUACAGUCAACGACAGGUCAUGUAAACAGGACAUUAAUUGCAUUUCAGGCACUCCCUGAACAGGCCCCUGAGCCUGCUCUUCAGCAAAUACCUAGAAAUUAUAUGAACACCUUGAUUCCUACUGGUUUCUCUACAGUACCUUGUAGUGGAGGAAGUCGGCAGCAACUUUCUAGAUCUCAUCCAAAUCUACUUGAAGUGUCACAGAUGGCUUCAUCUUCAUUACCACAGUACCCUGGAAUACAGAAUGGUCUUUGGGCUCCGACUCAGCCUCAAAACUCGUGCCAAGGUCCAAGUUUGGAUACUGUGAGCCGCAGGACAUCUCAAGCAAUGAAUCAGUAUUUAUACCCCAUCCAAUCAUCCAUGCAGUCGAAUGCUGGUUUCUCGCAGCCUCAAGUUCGUCAGAGGGGUCCACAAAGUGGAAUAGGUCAGUCAACAGGGGCCACUGGUAGCCAUCAGGCACUGAAUCACUCGUUGGGCUCAAUCCCAUCAUCUAUGCAGUCAAAUAACGAUUUCUCACAGCCACAAGUUCAUCAGUGCCGUCCACAGAGUGGAAUUGGCCAGUCAACAGGGGCCAUGGGUAGCCAUCAGGCACUUAAUUACUCUUUAGGGUCGAUCCACGCAUCUAUGCAUUCGAAUGCCAAUUUCUCACAGCCUCAAGUUCAUCGGAGAGGUCCACAGAGUGAAAUAGGUCAGGCAACAGGGGCCACUGGUAGACAUCAGGCAAUGAAUUACUCCUUGGGCUCGACACAAUCUUCUAUGCAGUGGAAUGCCAAUUUCUCGCAGCCUCAAGUUCAACAGAGAGGUCCACAAAGUGGAACUGGUCGGGCAACAGGCGCCACUGAAAGCCAUCAGGCAAUGAAUCACGCCUCGGGCUUGAUGCAAUCAUCUAUGCAGUGGAAUGCCUAUUUCUCGCAGCCUCAAAUUCAUCAGGGAGCCCCACAGAGUGUAACUGGUCAGGCAACUGGUGCCACCAGUAGACAUCGGGCAAUGAAUCACUCGGUGGGCUCGAUUCAAUCAUCUAUGCAGUGGAAUGCAAAUUUUUCGCAGCCACAAAUUCAUCAGAGAGUUCCACAAAGUGGAACCGGUCAGGCAACAGGGGUCAUUGAUCAGGCAGUGAAUCACUCUUUAAGCUUGAUCCAUUCUUCUAUGCAGUCAAAUGAUCAGCCUCAGGUUCAUCAAAGAGGUCCACUGAGUGAAACGGGUCAAGCGGCCAUUGGUAGCCAACAAGAUCAUUUAGCAAUUGCUGCCCAGAGGAAUGUCAAUGCCCAGGUGACCAUGCCCGUUGAAACAUCGAAGACCAUGAACCCGUUUCAAAUCAAUCCUGAAGGGUGUAGGGUACCGUCCCCGGAAGGCGCAUCACUUUAUGAUCAGAACUGGCGCCCCACUGCUCGGAUGCGUGGAGCUCUAUCAGGUCAAGCUUACUUUGAUGCUUUGAACCAGUUCAUUAUCCAGCCAACCCAGAAAGCUCAAGCUACACGACCAAUCGUAAAUGUGACCACACCCGCGUCUAGUAGCCAGACUCCAACUCAAGCCCCGAUUGCCAACAGAGUUGCUCAGGAUCCUGGAACAUGGAAUCAUACGUCUGCGGGACCAGUUACAGAUCCAGGGAGUUCUGAUGUUUCGUGGAUUAUCUAAGAUGAAUUGGUUGGCCUUAACACGGUAGGUAGCUAUGUGAGGAAUAUGAUUAUUAAGGAAGAAACGUGCAUAUAUAAUACACGUAUCGUGUCUUGAAAAUGGCCUUAGCCUUCUAAUGGAAAGAAAUUAUUAUAGUCCACGUGUUUUUUUAAUUGUUUAAUCAAAAUUAGAGUACGAUGGUCUUUCUAACCGGAAAAACUUGAUAUUAGUAGGCAAGGAUAAAUCUAUUUGUACAACAUUGUUGAUAAUGCUGUAAUUGUCAAAAAAGAAAAGGUUGGUGGGAAAGACGGAU